AUGCCCUUUCACGAACAGUCUUUUCUAAAUUACCCCCAAGCACGUGAGGGUCCAAAUGUGCCGUACAAGUAUGAAGACCAGGUCUUACCGGUCUUCCGCGGCACACCUCUGGCCAUCGGCGCUACAUUAAUCCAUCAUAUUGGGUUAAUCCAAAGCCAUUUCUGGCGUAAUGCCGGUUUCGGCGUCAUUCGUGAAAUCUCCCACCUUGGCCAGUACGCCGGCCGCUACGAUCCAACUGUGAUUCCAGUCGACAUUACCAGCCAGGCCGAGUUACCAGCGAAAGCAGUGUCUUCCAUUGUGGAGCGCAGAAAGGGAGAAUAUGGAUACUAUACUUCCGCGGAUUAUCAUGCGCUCUACUUGUCUGGGGAGCUGACCCCGACCGCUGUCAUCGAGACGCUCUUGCCUCUGGUCCGACGUGAUACCCAGCCGCCAGGGAAACACUCAACUGCUUUCCUUGAGUCUCAGGCCGAGUUGGUCCGUUCAGCAGCGCAAGAAUCUACCGAGCGAUACAAGAACGGCCAGUCGUUGGGUCCACUCGACGGCGUUCCAGUCGCAGUGAAGGAUGAGGUGCACCUCACCGGGUAUAAGCGUACGCUAGGCUCAAAGAUGGAUUUCAAGAACGGGAUUGAUGCGACCUCGUGGUGUGUGAAACAGUGGCUGGCUGCUGGAGCUAUAAUCAUCGGGAAAACAUCCAUGCAUGAGAUCGGACUGGACACAAACAACAACAAUCCCAACUUUGGAACACCUAGAAAUCCCCACAAUAAGGAGUACUAUUGUGGUGGUUCGUCCGGUGGCUCUGGAUAUGCUGUCGGGGCGGGCCUUGUGCCCAUAGCGCUUGGCGCAGACGGCGGAGGCUCAAUUCGCAUCCCGUCAUCAUUUUGUGGUAUCUGGGGCUUGAAGCCUUCGCAUGGCCGUGUUUCCGGUGCACCAUCGCAAAGCCUCGCCCCCACUGUUGGUGUUAUCGGGCCGAUGGCUGCCAGCAUCGAUGACCUCGCCCUCUCCUAUCGCAUCAUGGCCACCCCGGCACCGGCUUCAGAGGACCCGAUUUCCUCGCAGUUCCCCUAUCCUACUCCCCCGCACCCCGAAGUCAAGAGAACGAAGACGAUAGGUAUUGUUCGCGACUGGAAUGACCGCGCCGAGGACCCUGUGCGCGCUGCGCUUGAUCGGGCGCUCGACUAUUACCGCGAGCAAGGCUACAAAAUCGUCGAUAUCACAAUCCCUUACCUGCCCGAAGGUCAGCGUGCCCAUGCUCUUACUAUCAUGGCUGAGAUCGCAUCCGGCGUCGAUGCAAGCAAGAUCCGCCAACUCACAGCCCCAAACAAGGUGCUUGUCUCUAUGGGCAUGUACCAGAUCACCGCACAGGACUUGCUAGCCUCCCAGCGGCUGCGCAACCUCCUCAUGACACAUCUUGCGCAUCUGUUCAAGACUUUCCCUGGGCUACUCAUUGUCUCGCCCACAACGCCCAUCCCUGGAUGGCACAUUGACGGCGGCGAGGCGGACUUGUCUCGCGGUUUGUCUGAUGCCCAGUCAUCUGUGCGCAACAUGGAGUAUGUUUGGCUGGCUAACUUUACUGGAUGCCCUGCUAUCAGUUGUCCCGCUGGUUAUGCACCAGAUAGCGGUGUACCUAUCGGUCUGAUGGCUAUGAGCGAAUGGGGUACUGAAGAAGAGCUGUUUGCCUUUGCUCGAGAUGGAGAGCCUAUCUUGGGCCUUCCUGGUAGCAGUCCUUUGCUCGAGGAAAAUGAAAUUGCCUCGGCAGGUCAGGGUCUGCGGACUCCUUCUGAUGACCUCUCUGUGUGGGAAGACAUCAUCGCGCAGGCUAAGGAGAAGAUAUCGUAA